UGUCUUUUCUCUCAGUCAUUCCGAGUUGUUGGUCCUCAGUUCCUUUCCUUGCUGAAGACGGCACGGAAACAUCAAGAGCAGUGCCUGGGUCGGGAAGAUAAUGGGGAAGAGUUGCAAAGUGGUAGUAUGUGGGCAAGCAUCAGUUGGGAAGACUUCGAUCCUGGAACAGCUUCUAUAUGGGAAUCAUAUUGUUGGUUCAGAGAUGAUUGAAACCCAGGAAGACAUUUACAUGGGUUCCAUUGAAACAGACCGGAAUCUGCGUGAACAGGUGCGCUUCUAUGACACCCGAGGCUUGAGGGAUGGAGCCUCACAAUGCUUGGAGCUGCCCAAGCAUUGCUUCUCUUGCACGGAUGGAUUUGUGCUGGUUUACAGUAUUGACAGCAAGGAGUCUUUCAAGAGGGUGGAGAUUCUCAAGAAGGAAAUAGACAAAAACAAGGAUAAGAAGGAGGUGACUAUUGUGGUUUUAGGCAACAAAUGUGAUUUGCAGGAACAACGCCGUGUGGACCAUGAUAUAGCCCAACACUGGGCAAAGGCAGAGAAAGUAAAACUGUGGGAAACCUCAGUUGCUGACCGUCGGAGUCUCAUUGACCCCUUUGUCUACUUAGCCAGCAAAAUGACACAGCCACAGAGCAAGUCUACCUUCCCGCUCAGCCGCAAGAACAAAAGCAGUGGUUCUGUGGAUGGAUGAAACCCACAGGUGUUGGACCCACUAUUGCUGGUAAACAUGUAUGCAUGUAGAGCAGGGCUGGCCUUGCCACAGAGCAGAAACCAGUAACAGACACCCUAUGUUCCUACAGCCUUUAUCUCUAUAUCAUUUGUUUUUGUCUUGGUAGAAAGAAUUUUCCAAAUCCAGGACACAAGUGUAGAAGUUUUUCUUGACUUUUCACUCAAAAUAGUACUUUAAAAAAUCAAGCAGAUAGUAUCAGCAUAUGUCCAAUGCCUAGUGUAUUAAAUAGUCAAUACAGCGCACUAAAGGUUGGAUUUUUAACAUUCUUUUGCUUAGACUAUUUUUAUUUUAUUUAAUGUUUAUUUUUAUUUUAUUUAAUGUUUAAAGAACCCACAUUUUAAAUCUGAAAAUAGUUGUCAGGGGUACUAAGUUGUAUUUUGAUUUGGAACCUGAAGAGUAGCAUGGUAGAAUUAUCCCAGCCUUUCCAGAAAUAUCUUUUACGAUUGUGGAAAAGGGAGGGAUGGGCCAUGAAUAUAACAACAUGAGGAAGAAGAAUAAUGGAAUAUUCUAUUCCUUCACUCAGUAUUGAAGCCCUCCUGGCCAAGUUAAUCCACCAUCUUCCAUGUUCUUGAAUUAGCAGAUUCUAGAAUGAUUUUUUAGAAGCUAACUGUACUUUUAUAAGGGUUAGGGUUUGUGGAAAAGAGGAAACAUAUAGAUAGAAACUUGUGGGAAAGCACAUUAUCUGCCAACAGAAAUUAGGUUUGGGGAUAAUAGAUUUUAGUGAUCUUUUAUAUAUCAUUAACUCUCUUGAUCUGGAUUUGAUUUUGAUUGUUUUGUGAAUGUCUCUUCCAAACACUGUGACCUUGUAUACCUGAUCUGGAUAAUGAAUGUAACAUAUAACUGGUGUCAUGAUAAAGUCGAUUCAAAUCAGAGAACUGCUGUUAUCCCAUAAUGCAUUGAGAAAUGAUUCCUAUGUUGCUUAUGAAUUCUUGAAAUGCAGAUUAAAAACAGAUUCUACAUUGCUCUGAAUUGUUUGUGCAGUAUCAACUUUUAUUGAAUACAGUACAGAACACAGUGUCCCAGUCAGAA